CGAUCGCUUGCCUUGCUGUUGAGUGAUUCGACCGUGUUUCUGGUCUGGACCAGCAGUGCGCUGCCUCGGCUGUCCCUAGUAGUACGCAUCUUAUGUUUCUGCUUCAUUUGGAGAGAUAGUACGGGGGAUAGACGCUUUCUCAUUGUGCAUGCCAGGAGAAGAGGAUACAAUCACCGGUCAACGGCAGAUUCUUAGAAAUAAAGACAUUUUCCUAAUGGUAGCAUACACUAAUCAAACGGAGACAUGUGGAAUUGUAUGGGGAUUUCGAAGUGUCUCUCAAUAGUGUGUCUUCUCCUGAUGGUGUGGACUGAGGUGUCCCAGUCUUCGGGCUAUUUUGAGCUGCAGUUGAUUGCUGUACAGAACGCUAACGGACAGUUGUCGGACGGGGACUGCUGCGACGGAGAAAGGAACGCGCAGGAUCUCCACUGUAGCAGGGAUGAGUGUGAUACGUACUUCAGAGUGUGUCUAAAGGAAUACCAAACGGAGGUCACGACCACAGGCUUGUGCAUCUAUGGAACUGGAUCUACUAACGUUAUCGGUGGGAAUACUUUUCAAUUUAAGAGCACCAAAAACAACCAAAACCGAAACAAAGAUGGUGGAAAGAUUGUCAUCCCAUUCCAGUUCGCUUGGCCGCGGGCGUACACUUUGAUUGUGGAAGCGUGGGACUGGGACAAUGGAACACACAGCAGCAGUGGUGAGGAUCUGUUAAUUGAGCGGAGUGUCCGUAAAGGAAUGAUCAACCCUGGAGAUGACAGGCAGACUAUCCAACACAACGGUCCUACAGCCAACUUUGAGUAUAACAUCCGCGUGCGCUGUGACGAGAACUACUAUGGCAACAAGUGCAACAAGCAGUGCCGGCCACGCAAUGAUGACUAUGGCCACUACGUGUGUGACCAGUUUGGGAACAGAGGCUGUUUGGAGGGCUGGAUGGGGCCUUACUGUACAGCUGCUAUCUGCAAGCAGGGCUGUAACCUGCUGCAAGGAUUCUGCAAUGCCCCAGGAGAAUGCACGUGUAAAUACGGUUGGCAGGGUCCGUUCUGUGACGACUGCCUGCCCUACCCAGGCUGUGUACAUGGGACCUGCGUCAAGCCCUGGCUGUGCAGCUGUGAGAAGAACUGGGGAGGCCUGCUGUGUGACAAAGAUUUGAACUACUGUGGGACGAACAAGCCGUGUAAGAAUGGAGGAAGGUGUGUUAACUCAGAGCCUGAUGAAUACAACUGUGCCUGUUCUGACAGCUACUCAGGCAAGAACUGUGAGAUAGUGGAACACGCAUGUGUGUCCAACCCCUGUGCCAACGGGGGCACCUGCCAUGAGAUCCCGUCUGGGUUUGAGUGCCACUGUCCUGCAGGCUGGUCAGGGCCCACCUGUGCUAAAGACAUGGACGAGUGUGCGUCUAACCCCUGUGCUCAGGGUGGGACCUGCAUCGACAUGGAGAACGGAUUUGAGUGCCUCUGCCCCUCACAGUGGGCUGGGAAGACCUGCCAGAUAGACGCUAAUGAGUGUAUGGGGAACCCAUGCCUCAAUGCUUACUCUUGCAAAAACUUGAUCGGUGGAUAUCACUGUGCCUGCUAUCGAGGAUGGGCCGGCCAGAACUGUGACAUCAAUGUCAACAGCUGCCGUGGACUGUGUCAGAAUGGAGCGACUUGCAAGGAGGGGCGAAGACGCUACGCGUGUGCCUGCUCACCGGGGUUUGUGGGCCGGCACUGUGAGGUCCAGAGGAACAGCUGUGUCAGCGGCCCGUGUAGAAACGGGGGCAUGUGCCACACCCUGCUGGACGGCUUCAUGUGUGAGUGCCCACAUGGGUACACUGGCACUACCUGUGAGGUGCAGAGUAACCCGUGCAGCCCUAACCCGUGCCAGAACAAGGCCCAGUGCCACAGUCUGAUGGAAGACUUCUACUGUGCCUGUCCUGAUGACUAUGAGGGCAAGACCUGCUCCGAGCUCAAGGACCACUGCAAGACCAAUCCCUGUGAAGUGAUUGACAGUUGUACUGUCGCUGUGGCCACCAACGACACACAGGAAGGGGUGUGGUACAUCUCGUCCAAUGUGUGCGGCCCCCACGGACGCUGCAUCAGCCAACCUGCUGGGAACUUCACCUGUUCCUGUGAACCGGGCUUCACUGGAACAUACUGUCACGAGAAUGUAAACGACUGUGUGUCGUCUCCCUGUAAGAACGGAGGAACUUGCAUCGACGGGAUCAGCUCUUUCCAGUGCUUUUGCCCUGACGGCUGGGAGGGCACGCUGUGUGUCAUGGAUGUGAAUGAGUGCAGUAGGAACCCCUGUAAGAACGGAGGUCGCUGUGUGGACCUGGUCAAUGACUUCUACUGUCAAUGCCAGGACAACUGGAAGGGCAAGACCUGCCACUCACGUGAGAGCCAGUGUGACUCCAGUACCUGUAGUAAUGGGGGGACGUGCUUUGACCACGGGGACACCUUCCGCUGUACCUGUCUGUCAGGGUGGGGCGGCAGCACCUGUAACACAGGCAAGAACAGCACGUGUGACUCUAACCCAUGUGAGAACAGAGGGACCUGUGUCGGAGGGGGUGAUGCCUACACCUGCAUCUGCAAGGAUGGCUGGGAGGGGCCCACAUGUGCUCAGAAUACUAAUGACUGCAACCCUACCCCCUGCUAUAACAGUGGUGUCUGUGUGGAUGGUGUAAACUGGUUCCGCUGUGAAUGUGCCCCGGGAUUCGCCGGACCAGACUGCCGGAUCAACAUAGAUGAGUGCCAGACGUCUCCCUGUGCCUAUGGUUCUACCUGUGUAGAUGAGAUCAACAGCUUCCGCUGUGUGUGUCCCCUGGGCUGGGCUGGGCCUCGUUGCCAAGAGUUCAUAGGGAUCGGGAAGGCCUGUCGUUACUCCGGCCUGCAGUUCCCUCAUGGCAGUCGAUGGGAGGAGGAGUGUAAUACCUGCCAGUGUGUCAACGGCAGUGUGCGCUGUUCUAAGGUGCAGUGUGGCCGACGGCCCUGUCUGCUCCAUAGAGUUGCUUCCGGUCCAGACAGCAUCGCCCCCUGUCCUAGAGGACAGGAGUGUGUAGAGCACAAAUUCCUCACCUGCUUCACCCCGCCAUGCCACCAGUGGGGUGUGUGUUCUACCCCUGACCCCCCACCGCCCCUCCACACUCAGUGUGAACCCAACUGUGGUUACUUGGACAACAGCUGUGCCCGAUUCACACUCAUCUUCAAUAGAGACCAAGUUCCACAGGGUACCAUUGUGGAGAACAUCUGUUCGGAGCUGAGGUACCUUCCCAUCACCCAGACCCUGGCUAAGGAACGUACGCUCCUCAUUCUCUGUGACCUGUCCUACUCCAACAGUGACGCCGUGGAGGUUGCCAUGUCUUAUGAUCAGGAUGGUCAGGAGCGGGAUGGAAACCGUGAUCAGAUUCAGGAGGCUGCCAGUGCCAUCAUCGGUGCCCUGUCCAAACGACACAACAGCACCGUCAUGCUGGCCGUGGUGGAGGUCAAAGUGGAGACGCAGGUCAUGCCCCAGUCUGUGGACCACCUGGUGCCAGUGCUGUGCGUGGUGUUCAGUGUGCUGUGGAUCUUCUGCAUCGUGGUGUGUGUGUGGUGGACCCGUAAGAGGAAAAAAGAGCGUGAGAGAGAGUCUGCAGUGGAGGACAGCACUGUCAAUAACCUUCUGGAGCCGCUGAGGGUCAUCUUGCCACAGCACAAAGACAACCUAGACAAAGACAUUCAGUACGAAUGCAAGAAACUCAUGAGCCCUCCAGACCGGACGUGUGAUGGGGCUGAGGGAGAGGAGGAAGAGGACGGAGAGGAGGAGCUGAGGAGGGGAGGGAUGGAGCUAGACAAGUGCUCCACACAAAAGUGCUCAUUGGCAGGAGUGCAGGACAGAGUGAUGGGCAAAGGGGGGGUGAUCUGUACGAUGCGUAGCGCCCCUGUUAAAACCCACCACCGGACAGUGUACAGUCCCAAAGACAACCGGUGUAAAAACCUCAGCGCUGCCAGCUUCAGUGAGGAUGUCAAAGAUCAUUAUGUAUGAGCACGGCUAGAGGUGGGACUUCUCAAACUAAAGAUGAUGUCUCUAUCUAAUAGAAAAAGACUAGCACCAAUAGUAAAGAUUUAAGACGUUUUACAUUUCAUUUGACUUUAUUCUCUGUCUGCAACAUGGAGCCUUCUUAUUUACUUAAAACAUUGCAAAUUAACAUUUCAGUUAAUUUCAGUUACUUUCUUUUUUUGGUUUACAAAUUGUUGCUCCCUUUAAAGGAGAGCCCUUUUUUUCCACAUCGUGUCACUGAGAAGAUUGUGUAUCAUGUGACUUUGGCGAGAGCACUGCCAUUGGAGGCAGGCGCUGCACUACUACAUUACUACUAGUGCAUUUAGUCCUUAUAUGCCUUAACCCACACUGUGGGCAUUUAUUUACUUUGUUCUCUUGGUAUAAUAAUGUCAUUUGUAUAAGUAAAAUUAUGUAAAAGGUUAUAUAUAUAUAUAUAU